GAGGAAGUUCGAAAAAUCUCUGCAUGAUGGACAUUAGAAUUAGUGCUACCGGAAUCCAAAAUAACCGAAAAAAGCAAACACAAAUCGAUGAAAUAGACAAUCUUGUUUCCCCAGGAGAUAUCAUUACUUCCGACACAGGAUUUAUGCGAGGACAUGGUACUUACAACUCAGAAGAUGAUAGGUUGCUCGCCUCAGUGGCUGGGGUCGUGGAACGAGUCAAUAAGUUGAUAUGUGUUAAACCACUGAAAACAAGAUACAAUGGAGAGAUUGGGGAUGUAGUUAUAGGGAGGAUAAUUGAGGUCCAGCAGCGUAGAUGGAAGGUGGAAACCCACUCCAAACUUGACUCUUCUCUUUUGUUGUCAUCAGUAAAUUUACCAGGAGGAGAAUUGAGAAGAAGAUCUGAGGAAGAUGAAAAAAUGAUGCGGUUGUACUUAAAGGAGGGAGACUUGAUUAGUGCAGAGGUUCAAUCAGUGUUUGCUGAUGGUUCAUUAUCACUGCACACCAGAAGUCUUAAAUAUGGAAAGCUAGGACAAGGAACCCUAAUUCAUGUCUCUCCCUCACUGAUUAAAAGAAGGAAAACCCACUUUCAUCACCUGCCUUGUGGGGCCACUAUUAUUCUGGGUAACAAUGGAUUUGUGUGGAUCUGUCCCACAGAGACUGGGGAGAUGGACCAAACAGGGGGAUACCAGCUUAGUAUGGAGCCUGUACAGAGAUCUGACAGAGAAGCGGUUGCUAGGUUGCGGAACUGUAUCCAGCUUCUGGCUGCCCACAAAAUGCAAUUGUAUGACACCAGUGUACUGUAUACUUAUGAAGCAUCCCUCAACUUUCAGAUAAAGGACAUUUUGAAGCCAGAGAUUGGACUAGAAAUCCUUGAUCAUACUCGGCAAAGACUAGAACUGGAGGGUACCUGAUGACUCAUUAUCCUUAUAAUGGCAGACGGUGGUAGUGGACCUAAGACAAUCCCUGUUUUAAACAGGACUCUACUUCAGCAAGCUGUGUUCUAAAAAAAAACCCACAUAUAAUGUGAAUGAAAAACUUCAAGAGACAUUAAAAUUCAUAUCAGCAAUAUUGUACACAGUGAUUUUUUACAUUAGGAGUGAAAGAAAUUGUAAUUCUGCAGAUGCAGUUUUGUUAAUAAAA